ACACGAGGACAGCAUAACAGAACAGCAAACAUACUGCUGCACUUGAACUACAUGAUGCUGAGGACAACAUGGGCUCUCCUUCUGGGUGCAUUACUCACAAUUCAAGGUGGCUCGAAAGCUCAGGAGUGUGGAAUGGCACCACUAAACACAAGGAUAGUCGGCGGUGACGAUGCCCCGGCGGGCGCGUGGCCCUGGCAAGUCAGCAUGCACUUCACUGGGGCUCACAUAUGCGGUGGGAAUGUAAUCAGCGAGGGAUGGGUGCUCACGGCAGCCCACUGCAUUCUCAGCACUGAACUUCGUCUUUGGCUCAUGUACUUUGGAAAACAGAAUCAGAGUACCACCAGUCCUAAUGAGGUCACCCGCACUUUGUCCCAGAUCAUCGUUCAUCCCCAGUACAACAGCGUGACCUUUCAAAACGACGUAGCUCUCAUGAGGCUGAGCAGCCCCGUCACUUACACUGACUACAUCCGACCCAUCUGCAUGGCAAGCAACUCAAGCCAUUUCAACAACGGCACCAGGUGCUGGGGCACUGGAUGGGGCAGACUGGGGGCUGAUGAGCCAAAUCAGGCCUUUGAAAGGCUGCAAGAGGUUGAGAUUCCAACAAUUGGAAACCGGCAAUGCGGCUGCAGCUACAGCCUGGUGGAAAACGUAACCAUCACCAGCAAUAUGAUAUGCGCUGGGGAGGAGAACAAAGGAAUAUGUCAGGGUGAUUCAGGUGGUCCGCUGCAAUGUAAACAAGGCUCAGCUUGGAUCCUGUCGGGCCUCGCCAGUUUCGGCAUACCUUGCGCCACCAGGUUUUUCCCUGAGGUCUUCACUCGUGUGUCGUUUUACCAGGACUGGAUUACAGCGCAAGCGCAGGGUGCCAACAUUAGUUUUGUGACCUACACCUCGACUGAUCCUGACCAAGACGACAAUUUCGUGUGCCGAUUAACAGAGCCCUCGUCAGCCACAGCAACUCUUUCUAGCCUUAGCAUCUUGCUAUUCCUACUGGGCAUUCAGGUUUUAUAAGUGACUUGAUGACACCUAGUACCUGAUCAUAUGACAUAAAACGGAAAAUGGUAUUUUUAAUUUAUAUUCUUUUAUGAAUCACCGUGGAGGAACAGUGCAAUGAUUCCAUUCCACACUCAUGUGUAAACCAACAAUCUGAAUAUGAACAUUCAUUUUAACAACACUGUGAAGGUACACACAGUUACCUCACUUUUACAUUUUGUAUUUAUUCAGAAUAUUCCCGCGACCCUUGUGAAGAUAAGCGGCUCAGAAUACGGAUGGAUGGAUUUAUUCAGAAUAAGCAUUGCAUCACAAUUGCAGUGGUUACUUAAAGUGAUUAAGGGGCUUGAAAUAAAGAAGUAAUUAAUUGAUGAA